ACCCAGAAGUCACCUCCGCGCCCAGGCAGAGCCACGGCAGCUCCUCCUCCUCCUCCUCCUUCUCUCUCACUCUCUCUCUCUCUGAUAAUAAUAGCCACCACCUCCUUUCCUCCCCCUCGAGGUGUCUCUCCCUAAACACACACACAAACACAGAGCCAAGAAACCAGAACAGCCCGAUGAGAGGAGGACCGGGACCCACUGCGGCGUUCGCCUCCGGCGAGCCGCUUCUAGCUGCGGCGGCGGCGGCGGCGGCGGAGGAGGUGGAAGAGAACUCCGGCGGCGAGGACGAAGAGCAGGAGGACGACGAGCUGGAGCUGGGGCUCUGCCUCGGCUCCAAGAAGCAACAGUCCCCGUCGCCGGCGCCAUGCCGGAUCCUGACAGCCAGGGACCUGCAGCCGGGGGCCAUGUCUCCGGACUCCUCCGUCUCGUCCUCCUCGCCCGCGGCAGGGGCAGCGGCCGCGGCGGCCAGCAAGAGGGCCAAGGCGGAAGCGGCGCCCACAGCCACCGCCUCGCCGGGAACGGUUGCUUCCGGCCACCCACAGAGCAGCUUUGGAGUGGUGGGAUGGCCACCCAUCAGAACCUUCAGGAUGAACAGUCUAUUUAACCAGGGCAAAGACAAUGCUUCAGAGGCUGGGACCAAGAAGGCCGCCGAUGAAUCUGACGUGCAGAAAGACAAGGACAGCGAGAAGAAAGGACGGCUCGUUGGAUGGGUGAAGGUGAACAUGGAUGGGGAUGUCAUCGGAAGGAAGGUGGAUCUCAACGCCCACCGGUCAUAUAAGACCCUUGCCUCAGCCCUUGAGCUCAUGUUCAUGAAGCCGUCCAUCGAUCUUUGCACUUCUAUAUCAGGUAGUGCAAAGUCUCUGAAGCUAUUGGACAACUCAUCGGAAUAUCAGCUCACCUAUGAGGACAGGGAUGGAGACUGGAUGCUAGUUGGAGAUGUUCCCUGGGAGAUGUUUGUAAGUUCAGUAAAGAGGCUCAGGAUCAUGAGGACCUCAGAUGCCAACGGUCUUGGUCCGCGAUUCCAAGGGGUUCACAGAACUGCAGCUUCCACAAGAGGCAGAAGUUGAAAAGCGCCGAUUGUGUUCGUGUCUAGAGACUAGAGAGGCUCUACCGCUGGUGAAGCUUGAAAUGUGUUUGAUAUCACAUAAGAGCAGUCCAUAUCUUCGGCAUAGUUGUGAUAUUACUUGUGUCUAGUGGAAAUAGUAGAAGCCAAGAAAGAGCCACCCCACUACUUUCUCUGUUCUUUUCUAAUUUUUUUUUCCCUUGCCUUCUGGUGCCCUCUUUGCGCUUUUCUCAUGGCUAUUAGCAUCUUCCCUGUCUCUUUUUUCUUGCACACUGUUUAAUCUGUGAGAGCACGGUCGCUUUAAGUGUCAGUUUUUUUCCUUC